AUGAAUAUCAAUCAACUUGUCACUUGCAAUCAGUCAAUUAAAAUAGUACCUUCUUUAGAAGAAUCGUUACAAUGUAUGGGACUAAAUGUACAACUUGAUGAAAAUACCUCUACAUGGUUUGAUCAAUUAAAUGUCACUUGGAAAACAUGGAAAAAAAGUCCUACUGUUGAACACCAUGUCAAACUGUUUUUUCAAACAAGCCCUGAUCCAUAUAGAAUAGCUCUUGUUUUUGUAAUAAAAUGUAAGGACUUUAAAGACUGCAAACCAAAAACACUUCCAUUUUUCAUUAUGGAAACCCUGCAGAAGUGGUCAUGUGAUUGUGGUGCUGUUCCUGAGAAUUUCUUAAAACUACCUGCAUUUCGGGUUGCUACAGAGCAAAGGAGUCAACACUUCCUUAGCUUGGUUAUUAAAAUAUACCAAAUAAAUACAAUAAAGGAAACUAUUGUACCUAUUGUCAAAGAUAUGAUAAAAAAUGAUAAUUGUAAACUGGCUUCUCAAGUAAUUAUUGCAAUGGAAUUAUUUGAAGAUAUUUCUGUUGAAGAUUUAAUGUUUCCACUGAUACUUCAAGAUAAACCAAAUAUGAUUGAUGAAUAUUUAUCCGAAUGUCCCAGUCAAGUUGGCCCACUAUUACUUUUUUUAGACAAACUUCUAGAUAAAAACUUUAGCAUUCGUGAAUAUGCUCAAAAUUACAUAGAUGAGAAUAAAAUAAGCCAUGUUAAAUAUGAAAAAAUACAUCAUAAGCCUCUUGGGAAGCUAGUGGCACGACUGUGUAAUAAAUUUAACAUUCCAAUUGAAACAUGUAAAAAUCUUAGCAAAAACCGUACUGUAGGGGGAUUGAAGUACCUUAUAUAUCAAAAAUAUGUUGAUCACAAUGUAAGCUCUGCAGUAUGGGAUGAUUUGGUGAAAGAUGCAUUAAAACAAAAUGCUGAAUCAGCUAAGGAAUUUAUUGAUAUGUUACUUGACUAUGAUAGAAAAGAAGCUCUGAAGUGGGUUGAAUAUCUUAAUCUACCAGAAACUUCAUUACCAGUGUCAUUUAAAGAAAUGUCUCUACAAGAAGUUGUCUCUGAAGACAGUGAAAACUGGGAUGUAGAAGAAAAACUACCUGAGAAGUAUUAUAAUCUGACUCUACCUGCUGAAAACAUUGUUAUUAUUGAUACUGCAGAAAAAUUUUAUGAUUUAAUGACUACACAUUUAGCAGGCUGUAAUGUAGUUAGCAUUGACUGUGAAUGGAAGCCUUCUUUUGGUGCUACACAAUCACAAGUUGCCUUGAUUCAGAUUGCAACAGAUAGCUAUGUGUAUUUAAUUGAUACUUUAAUAUUUAAUAAGAAGCAAUAUUCCAGUUUUUGGUAUUCAUUUAAUAAAUCUCUAUUAGAUAAUGCUGAAAUUAUUAAAUUAGGAUUUGGCUUGGAACAAGAUCUGAAAGAAAUCAAAGCAUCCAUAGUAGGUUUAAAUAAUAUAAAAGUAAAAGGUGAAGGGCUUCUUGAUAUAUCAAUACUAUGGAAAAAUCUUAUCAAUUGUGGAUUAUCUUUACAAAGCAAUAGCAAUAAUGGUGGCAACAGUCUUAGUUCUCUCGUCCAAACAUGCUUUGGACUACCACUGGAAAAAUCAGAACAAUGUUCUAAUUGGGAACUUAGACCAUUGCGUACAACACAAAUACAGUAUGCUGCUCUAGAUGCUCAUGUUCUUUUAGAACUUUAUAAUUAUCUUCGUAAUCAGUGUAUAGAGCAGGGAAUAAAUUUUGAUGAAAUAAGCAAUGAUAUAAUGCUUGAUACAAAAACAAAAUGCAUUAAAAAGUCAAAAGUAGUAGAAAGGUUUCAAACUUCUACCUUAAACUUAGAAAAGAGAAGAGUUUAUGAUGUGAAAUUUUUUGUAGAAUCUAAAUUAACAAACUUAAUACCAUACUUGAGACAUUGCGGAUUUGAUACAAUUUCCAUUCCUACAACAAUGUUAUGGCAUGAUGUUAUUAAUUCGGCUAUAUCAGAGGAUCGCUAUAUUUUAUUAUCAAAGUUAAAGUACACUCCAUCUAAAAAUUACCCACAAAGUUCUAUACUAGAAUUAGGUAAAGGUAAAAACAUUCAGGAGCAGUUACUAAAAAUUAUAACUUAUUUUAAUAUAAAGAUAAGUAAAAAUGACUUUUUACCUCGGUGCAUAAAAUGUAAUAAAGUCGAUUUUAAAAAGUUGACACCACAAGAUGUUGUUGAGCUAUGUGGUAGAUUUCAAAGUUUUGGUAAUUCAAAUAGUAAUACAAACAGAUAUUUUAGUAAUGAUGAUGAUGAAGAGGCAAAUUAUGAUAAUUUCCUAAGUGAUUCUGAAGAUAUUGAUGAAGAUAUUUUAUAUGGACCAGUUUUAAAUCCACAUCCAAAUAAUGUGUGUGUUACGACUAAAGGAGUACCAAUAGAAAUACUAAAUAUUCAUGAGCUCAUUAAUUCACCACAAGUGGCAAUUCUUUGUGAGUCAUGUGGAAAAUUGUUUUGGGAUGGUGAUGAUUUGUUUAAAUCAGUAAAUAAUGUAAUGCUAUCUCUUUUUAGUUUGUAG